CCUAUAUUGAGAAAUGAAGUAUACUUCACAGUUGUUUAUCUGACUAUUAAUAUACACGUAGUCUCCUCUCAGCCAAUCAGAUCUCGUAGCGAUCGUCAGCCAUCUUGAUUUGUCUACCACUGUUCAGCCAUUGUUGUCAGGUCAGUUGUGUUUAUGGCUGUUUGGUGUGCGCUCGUAACGCUCUGGUCUUACGCACUUUUCUACUAUGCGCAGUGAAAAAUACGGAAUGGUUGUACAUCAGAGUUGUUUUAUAUGCUUUACGUUGUCUAAAUUUCUUGUUUUUUGAUUGUACUUGUCUUAAUGUUAAUUGUAAGGGACCAGAACACCUAGGUUCUAUCAGAAUUAUUACUUUCUAUAUUCGCUGUUGCCUGUUGUUUUUGAAGUAGUUCGUAAUUCCUUUCUUGUCUUUUGGUUUCAGUUAUGGUGGACGAACUUCAUGUGCUUCAGAAGAGGAUUAGGACACUCAGUGAAUCCUCCAGGAGUGACGGAUCUGUAUCUCAGACAGACCAGUCUGAAUCUUCACAUCAGGAUGGUACUGUUGCCUCCAAUUCACCCUCACUUCCAACCAGAUCUAGAAAACAAAACAUAAGAGAGCUUCGUGAAGAAUUCGAAGAUUAUCCUGAACUUUAUGGUAUACGCAGGUCUGCACGUAGUCGCAAAGAACCUUCACGUUUCAAAGCGCCAGCAAAAGAAGUAUCUGAAACACGUUUCAGGGAGAGAAAAAGAAAUCGUCUGCUCAGCAGCUCAGAUAGCAAUAACUUGACAGAUAGUGAAACAGAUGAUUGGAAUGAUAGGAUACCAACAAAACACCGUAGUUUAAGAACGCGAGGAAAUCGUGUCAAUUAUAAGAGUGCUUUUGUCGAUGAUAGCCUUGAUGAUGAAUCUGAUGGUGAACCACCAUCAGAACGUUCAAAUUCAACUGUAUUCAGAUCAGGAAAUCAACGAACCUCACACGGAAGUGCACCGCCAGCAAGUCAACAGUCGUGUUUUCAAAAGCCAAGAGGUCCUUUGGUGAGGAAACCUUAUGCGUCCAUCUUGGCCAACAGACAUCCUAAGUUAAUAUCAAAGUCUGAAGAUGAAAAUUUAGAUCAGUUAGGCUUAAAUGAACAAUAUUCAGAGGAAGAUGAUGAUGAUGGCCUUGUUGGUGAAGCAAAUCCAGAAUUAGAAUGGGCUGGUGGAGAUGAUGAAGAAGCUGAUGUCAUUGAAGAAAUUCUCAGUCAUGCAAUUCGUCGUAAAGGUGCCACGGGUAAUCCUACCACACUGUAUAAUACUCGUCUUGAAAAAGAUUUAAAUGCUGAUUUUGAUCCUGAAAAAGAAGAGGGGGAAUUACAAUUUCUUAUUAAAUGGCGUAAUUGGUCACAUAUUCAUUCAACAUGGGAAACUGAAGCUUCAUUGUGUAAUUCAGAACGUGGAGCACCUGUAGCUGGUAUGAAAAAGUUUUAUGCCUAUCAAGCAUCUGUACAAGAGAAAAAUGAACGUUUACGCUAUACUGAACGCGAAGAUCUUGAGACAGUAGCUUAUGAAGAAGAACGUGAUGAACAACUACUACAGGAUAAAAUGAAUGUUGAACGUAUUGUUGCUCAUAGCCGUGAUCCUGAUACAAAUACAUUUGACUAUCUUAUCAAGUGGUUUCGUUUAGACUAUCGAUUUUGUACAUGGGAAUCUGGAAAAGUUAUACGUGCACUAUAUGAACCAGCAGUUCUAGCUUAUGAAGCUCGUUGUAGUUCUACUAAAAUACCUAAUCGAAAAUGUGAAGUGUUAUAUACACGACCUAAAUUUUCACCAUUAUCAGAACAACCUGAUUAUCUUGGUCAUGGAAGUGAACUUCGCCUACGUGAUUAUCAACUUGAAGGUAUUAACUGGAUAAUUCGUGCUUGGACGCGUAGAAACAGUGUUAUCUUAGCAGAUGAAAUGGGAUUAGGAAAAACUAUUCAAACUAUUGGUUUUCUCUCGUAUUUAUUCAAUGAACAAAAAGUUCAUGGACCUUUUUUAAUUGUUGUACCUCUGAGUACUAUUUCAAGUUGGCAAAAAGAAUUACAAACUUGGACACCAGAAAUGAAUACAAUCAUAUACAUAGGUGAUCAUGUCUCACGACAAUUGAUUAGAGAACAUGAAUGGGCGACAGGUGCAUCUGGGAACAGGCGUAAUCAUUCAUUGAAGUUCAAUGUUUGUGUAACUACUUAUGAGAUUUUACUAAAGGAUAAAGGUUGGCUUGGUCAAGUCAAUUGGGCAUUUCUUGGCGUUGAUGAAGCUCAUCGCUUAAAAAAUGAUUCAAGUCAGUUAUACAAAGCUUUAAAAGCCUUCGAAACAAAUACACGUCUUCUGGUUACUGGAACACCUUUACAAAAUACAAUGAAAGAAUUAUGGGCGCUACUGCAUUUUAUUAUGCCUGAUGUAUUUCCAGAUUGGGAAGAAUUUGAACAAACAUACAGUGUUUCUGCUGAUGAUCCAGCGAAUAAAAUGAACAGUGAAGCUUUUCAUAAUCUUCACAAAACUUUAAAACCUUUUCUACUGAGACGAGUGAAAAAAGAUGUUGAGAGUUCAUUACCUGAAAAAAUUGAACAAAUUCUCCGAGUAGAUAUGACAAAAGAACAAGCAAAUAUAUACCGAUUAAUUCUUGCUCGUAAUUAUGAUGGUCUACUCAAGGUGACUCGUGGACAUAAAGCUUCAUUUAUUAAUAUUGUCAUGGAAUUAAAAAAGUGUUGUAAUCAUGCUCAUUUGAUUGCACCGCCUUCAGAGUCUGAUGAAAAAUAUUUAACAAAAGAAGAUAGAUUAAGAUCAUUUAUGAAAGGCAGUGGAAAAGGUACUUUGUUGGAUAAAUUGCUGCAGCGCUUAAAAUCAAAAGGACAUAGAGUUCUCAUCUUUAGUCAAAUGGUUCGUAUGCUAGAUCUUAUAGCAGAUUAUCUGAGUCUACGCGGUUGGGGUUUUCAACGUCUUGAUGGCUCAAUCAGAGGUGAAUUGCGUAAACAAGCACUGGAUCAUUUUAAUUCUGAAGGAUCAACAGAUUUUUGUUUCUUAUUGUCUACACGAGCUGGUGGUCUUGGAAUCAAUCUAGCUACUGCUGAUACCGUCAUAAUAUUUGAUUCUGAUUGGAAUCCACAGAAUGAUCUGCAAGCUCAAGCACGUGCUCAUCGUAUAGGUCAGACUAAACAAGUUUCAGUGUAUCGUUUUGUCACUCGAGAGUCUGUGGAGGAAAAAAUUAUUGAAAGUGCCACACGUAAAAUGGUUUUAGAUCACUUAGUUAUUCAGCGUAUGGAUUCAGCAGGUCUUCGUGGAGGAAGACGUGGAGAUACUGCCAAAGGUCAACUUCUUACAGAGAUAUUACGUUAUGGCGCAGAAGGUUUAUUCAAGCAAGUUGACGAAGAUGCUUCAGAGUUAGAAGUUGACAUAGAUGAUAUUCUAAAACGAGCUGAAACUCGAGAUACAGAAGCCACUGUUGAAUCCAAUCCAGCUAACGCUUUGCUUUCGUCAUUCAAGGUUGUGAAUCUAGAUGCAUUAGAGGAAGAUAUCGAUGUUAAAAAUGGAAAUGAUUCGUUGAAUACUUCAACAAAUACUGGUUGUGAAAAAUCAUGGGAUCAAAUUAUUCCUAGUGAAUUCCGUGGGCAAAUAAAGGCAGAAGAAGCCAGAAAAUCUCUAGUAGAACUAGAAUUGGGUCCACGACGUCGACGUCCUGUGAAAGCUUUCCAGGCGGGUUUGGAUUACAAUCAGUCUAGCUCUGAAGCAUCGGAAACAGAAGAAAACGACAAAGUUUCUUCAACCCAACUCACGGAGAAGGAGGUUCGUGCAUUAGUGCGUGCUAUCAGACAUUUCGCCCGCCCCCUAGAACGCAUCGAUGCUAUUGCUGCUGAUGCUGAACUUCCCGAUCACUCCGAAGCCGAACUUCGUGAGGUAGUGGAUGCUGUCCUUAAGGGUUGUCGAGCAGCUGUGGAAGCAGCAUCAACUAAUGCAAAUGAAGAAUCACAAAAACAAUCUGGCAGUAGUGGUAAAGGGCCAGUAUUCCAGUAUGGUCGUGUCAGUGUAGCAGCUAGGCCUUUACUUCAGAGUUUGGAAUAUCUGGAAACACUCCACCAAUGUCUUCCUUCUACUAGCAAAGAAGCGCGUAUGUCUUACGAACUACCAUUUGUGCCUAAACUUGUCGCCUGGUCAUGUCCUUGGGAUGCUUCUGAUGAUGUGAGACUUUUAGCAGGCGUUUAUGAGCAUGGCUAUGACAACUGGGAAUCAAUUAAACUUGACUCUGAUUUAGGUCUGGGCUCAAAACUACUUCCUGUUUCACAGACAGAACGUCCACAAGUAACACAUUUGCGAUCACGUGUUGAUUAUCUCUUGAAAAUGUUAGCUAAGCGUAAAUCUACCACUGGGAAUUCACAGCAAGUUAACAGAAAAAGAAAAAGGGAAGACAAAGAAUCUAACCAAAAAGUUAAGGCACGUGGAGUUGUACAAAAGGCAAAUAUCAAAAGUAGCUCUAAGUCUGUUGUGCCAAUAUCUAAUCAAGUCCCUAAAUCUGCUGAAUUUGUAGAAACCGAUGACUCCUCAUCUGAAUCAGAUGAUGAAGAAGCAUCAAAUGUGUUACAACAAACCAAACAUGUUCGAAAAAAUGACAUAAAACCCAAAUCCUCUCAGCACCAUUCUACAGUUAAACCCGAGAAAAAAGAUGUACAUACUCCGGAAUCAAAGCCUACCAUACAAGUCAACUCAUCAGAUGUGCGACCAUUGUUUACAAAAGAAGAAGAAGAAGAGUUUCGUAACAUGCAAGGUCCCAUUUUUGUAAAAUGUAAAAAGAAAUUUGUAUCAAUAAAAAAACACUUUAAAGAACUUGAAGAUGUUGAAGAAGCCGAUGAAGUAGAUCCUUCGAAAUUGGCUAGUGUUGUUCUACAGAUCGGUGAUCAUAUUCAUUCUAUUCUAGAUGAAUAUACUGAUAAAGAGGAACGUCAUGCAUGGAAGAAUUACUUUUGGGAAUUUGUGCAUAUAUUUUCAAAGAAUACAACAGAACAACUGCGUCAUAUAUACAGGCGUGCAGUACGACAUCGUUUGAAAGAGGCUAAAAGUAAACGAAAAAGUGAUUUCAAUUCAAGUGGUUCACCGAAAAAUUAUUUUACCAAUUCAUUUCAUCACAUGGAUUAUCCAGAGAAUUCAUCAAGUCGUCAUUCUUCAAAUCGUGACUAUCCUAAUGACUCGUAUGAUUCAUCAUAUCGACGAUAUCACCAUUCCAAUAGACCAUCACAUGAUCGCAAUGAACGUCAUGAUCAUCACGGUUUCAGUCAUAACAGUGGACAGCAUAAUAAGUAUAACAAUGAUUGGAGUACUUCAAGUUCACAUAAAGAUUUUAAUCGUGAUAAAAAUGAUCUACGCUUCAAUAACGCUUUCAAUCGUCCACCAGGUCAUCAAAAUAAAGAGAGUGGUUAUUCUACUCAACUGUUUUCUUCCUCUCGGACAUCUAAUCAUCAACAUCAUCACCAUCAACAGAAACACAAUUCCAGUUCUUCUACUUCCUUUUAUUCCCGAAACUUUCCUCCAGAUGAAAUUAAAAUUAAUUCUUCUUCGCCUAAAUUAGAUACACAAAAUUAUCCCAGUCAUCCCCCAGUUUUAUCAUCUUUUUCUGACAGUGUAACUAAAACCUCGCAUUUUUCAUCCAGCACCACAGGACAAUAUCCUUCUGUAGAUUUACAUUCCCCAUUACAACAACAACAGUAUCAGUCUAAUAAUCAAACGAUUGUUCGUGAUCCUCGAUUAUCUUCAUCGAGAAGAUAAUUUCAGGCAGCAAAAUAAACGACAAUAAUAAUAAUGUCAACAGCUACUACAACAACAACACCCACAGUGUGUGUGUCUGGGUGGUGUGAACAGUGUACAUAAAAUUGUUUGAUUAUAAACUUAAACGAUUGUGUGUACAAUGUAAAUUUUUAUUUCCGCCUUGUCAUUUUCCAAGUUGUACUUAUUUUAUUUUAUUAUUUUGUAAAAAAGAUACAUGCAUUUGAUUUGAUUGAUAAUUGUCUCACUUAUCAUGACGAUAAUGAUCGUACAUACACACAGAGGGAGAGAGAGAGUCCUGUGAAUGUUUAUACUUUAAUAGUUUACCUAUUUUAUUUUGAAUAAAGAAAGCUACUGGCGAUUGUCCUCCUGAUGGUGGUGACACAUGCUCUUAACAGCGAAGUAAAAGAAAUGGAAGGGUACACUAGAAAAUUGGACAGUUUUUUUUUAACGAGAUUGUGUAUAACGGUGUGAUUAUGGAAUUCUUCUUAUUAU